CUCCUGGUUUUCGGCUAUGCCUGCAAGCUGUUCCGGGACGACGAGCGGGCCCUGGCCCAGGAACAGGGGCAGCAUCUCAUCCCCUGGAUGGGGGACCACAAGAUCCUCAUCGACAGCCGAUUUGGCAACACUACCUCUGGGGCCCGGACUGAAAAGCUAACUGUGACCAACCGUUAAACUGUGGAAUAGCCUCCAAGUGAAGGAAAUCCAUCGUUUGAGACCAUUAAAACUGGAUUCUACAAAGUUCUGGAACAUGACUGUAGGGGUGACUCCUGAGCUGGCCAGAAUGGAGCACAUUAUUGACCAAAUAGGCUGUUUCCACCCCUGACGUUUGCUUUUGGAGUUAGGUCUAGAAAACAAGGACUUGUGAGGGAAGGGUUGCCAGACCAGCUGAGAUCUGCGUCUGAUGGCUCUUGCUCUGCUCAGACAAGCUGUGCCUUUAAACCUGGGGGCAUAUGGAGCGAUGUUGCCUCAGUUACCAGGCAGCUUGCUUUUCCCAAGUGCUCCUUGUGAUGUUUAUUGAAGUUUGGUAAGCGAUGAAGACUGAGCUCUUUAUACGGUUUUCACAGCGAUCUGUGUAGUUUGAGUUAGGUCUUCCACAACUGGUGGGGAGCAGACUCUACACAUGUACGUGUGUAAUAUCUUUAAAUAAUGACCUACAUUUGUAAGUUAAGGAGGUUUACAGCAAAGUGAAAUUAAAUAAAAUGCAGUAACUUGGCUACUCUGGAAUUUUUGGCCUUCCCCCCUCCACCCCUUGUAAAUGUCUCUUUUUUUAGUUAAUAUUUUUUUGUCCUGUUACAAAAAUCAGCAUUAAAUAAUUUGGCAAACUUUUGUUUGUUGCUCUACAUUUGUUUUUGCAACCCUAAAUCUGAGUGUUUUAAGUAAAAUUCACUAACUCACUGAUUUGCUAUCCAACAGAUGCGUGCUGACGAUUAGCAUACUGAUUGAGUCUUUUCUGUUAAAAGCAUAGCACAAAGUACUGUUUUUAGUCUUCAUGUGGCUAUAAUACCUAUCGGUCCAUGCAAGACGAACGUGGAUGUGUCUUCAUGUAUGUUAUUUCCUGGGGGUAAAAAGUUCGGAAGAAAAUAUUUAUGCUGCAUCUUCUAAUGGUUUUGCUCUGUUUCCAGUGAACCUCCUUAAACUGCAUGUAUAUGUUACUGUUCCUAUGUAUGUGUGUCUCUCUAUCACAUAACCCAGCACUUAUUUCCUCAGCCAAAUGGCUAGGGGGCGAGCCUAGCCAAGAUUUUACCUCCAAUGGACGCAAGUUUCUUUGGUGAAGAUCUCUCCUGAGAGUUCGGGACUAGCAGAAAGAAGCGAGGAAAUUUCGACCGUUUGGUUCUUACGGAUAGGUAUUUAUGUAUUCGGGUUUGUGUGAAUGUAAGCUAUUUGACUUUUCAGAAAAAUAAUUUUUUUUUUUUUUGCAAGUGGCAUUGAAUGGUUAGCCAUACAUAAACGGUAAGAUUUGCCAGUGAAGCGGAUACCAUUUAUGUUAUUAUUAAAAGAUUGUUUACCUUUAUUUAUAAGUCUUAUUAUACUGUAGAAAGAAAUUUAGACUUUAUUAAGAUAACUUGACUUUAAAAGUAACCAAGACAUGACUAGCCAAAUUAAAUAUAAAUCUGAGGAAUUUUUAUAUUUGCUUUAAUAUUUUUACUUCUUUAUUUUAAUUGGUAAGUAUGUAUGUACAUUGUCGCACACACACAGACCUAGACUUCAGUUCCUUUCCAUUGACCAGUUUGUUCACAUUACAGAUAUGAUGGACGUGGUCACCUGCAUGACCUUUCCGAGUACGAUGCUGAGUAUUCUACCUGGAACAGAGAUUACCAGCUGUCAGAAGAGGAGGCACGAAUAGAUGCCCUGUGUGAUGAAGAGAGAGGAAGAAUAUAAGCGGUUGAGUGAAGCUCUAGCAGAGGAUGGGAGCUAUAAUGCAGUGGGGUUCACUUAUGGCAGUGAUUACUAUGACCCCUCAGAACCAACGGAGGAAGAGGAACCUUCUAAACAGAGAGAAAAAAACGAGGCUGAAAAUCUGGAGGACAGUGAAGAGCCAUUCAUUGCCCCGUUCGGAUUGAAUGUACCACCUGACGUGGAACUGCCACCAACAGCAAAAAUGCAUGCUAUCAUUGAACGCACAGCCAAUUUCGUGUGCAAGCAGGGCGCCCAGUUUGAAAUAAUGCUGAAAGCCAAGCAGGCCCGGAACUCACAGUUUGACUUCCUGCGUUUCGAUCACUACCUCAACCCCUACUACAAAUUCAUCCAGAAAGCCAUGAAGGAGGGGCGCUACACAGUUCUGGCCGAAAACAAAAGCGAGGAGAAGAAAAAAUCAGGGGUCACCUCUGACAACGAAGACGACGAUGAUGAAGAAGACGGUAAUUACCUGCAUCCGUCUCUCUUUGCGUCCAAAAAGUGCAAUCGCCUUGAAGAGCUUAUGAAGCCUUUGAAGGUAGUGGACCCUGAUCACCCUCUUGCAGCGCUGGUUCGUAAAGCCCAGGCUGACAGUGCCACGCCCACCUCCCAGGCGGCCGAGGGCACAGCUGCACAGCCCGCCCAGGUGGAAUACACUGCCGACUCGACGGUGGCGGCGAUGUACUACAGCUACUACAUGCUGCCUGACGGCACCUACUGCCUGGCGCCACCCCCUCCCGGGAUUGACGUGGCCACUUACUACAGCACCCUGCCCGCGGGCGUGACCGUGUCCAGCUCUACCAGUGUGACCACUGCCCCGCCACCUCCUGGGACCACGCCACCACCACCCCCAUCCACCACAGAAACAAGCAGUGGGGUGACCUCUACGACCACCACAACAAGUGCCCUUGCCCCCGUGGCUGCCAUCAUCCCCCCACCCCCGGACAUCCAGCCUGUGAUCGACAAGCUGGCCGAGUAUGUGGCCCGGAACGGUGUGAAGUUUGAGACCAGUGUACGCGCCAAGAAUGACCAGAGGUUUGAGUUCCUGCAACCAUGGCACCAGUACAAUGCCUACUAUGAGUUUAAGAAGCAAUUCUUCCUCCAGAAGGAAGGUGGUGACGGUGCACAGUCUCUGCAGGCUGCAGCAGCACCAGAAGAGGCUCCGGCCGAGUCGGCCUCUGAGAACCCGAGUGAGGCUGCGGACGACGGGGUGUCUGAAGACGCAGCUGAGGGGGGAGGAAGGGCAGCCUCGGGAAAGAAGGAGGCGGCAUCCGGCAAAGCCGUCCCUGAUGGGAAACUCGUGAAAGCUUCCUUUGCUCCAAUAAGCUUUGCAAUCAAGGCCAAAGAAAAUGACCUGCUUCCCCUGGAAAAAAAUCGUGUUAAGCUAGAUGAUGACAGUGAUGAUGAUGAAGAAAGCAAAGAAGGCCAAGAGAGCGCUAGUAGUGCUACCAACCCUAAUCCAGCAGUUGUCCCACCCUGUGUAGUUGUUGAGGAGAAGAAACCUCAACUUACCCAGGAGGAGCUAGAAGCAAAGCAAGCAAAGCAAAAGCUGGAGGACCGGCUCGCAGCUGCUGCCAGAGAAAAGCUCGCCCAGGCUUCUAAGGAGUCAAAGGAGAAACAGCUUCAAGCAGAGCGUAAAAGAAAAGCUGCUCUAUUUUUACAAACCUUAAAAAACCCUCUGGCAGAAGCAGAAGCUGGGAAGAUUGAGGAGAGCCCUUUCACUGUGGAGGAAGCCAGUGCCGCCUCGCCCUGUGCUCCACUGGCUGCAGGGAGAGCCCUGCCCGCUCUGGAAGGUAAACCGCCCGACAGGCCUUCAAGCAGAAGCAAAGAUCCACCCCGAGAAGAAGAGAAGGAGAAGAAGAAGAAAAAGCACAAAAAACGGUCUCGAACGAGAUCCCGCUCACCCAAGUACCACUCGUCAUCCAAGUCCAGGUCCAGGUCGCACUCAAAAGCCAAACACGCCCUCCCCAGCGCCUACCGGACGGUGCGGCGGUCGAGCCCCACAGCCCCCCCAGGGACACUGAGCACGGAGCCGGGGCACAGCGUCUGGCGAGCGGCAGCGGCGGCUGAGCAGGAGCGCUAUCAGGCAGCCUCGACCACGAAAAGAUUUGACUCCUGGAGCUCUUUUGAGGGAAAACCUGGUAAAAUGUCAAGGUCACGGUCCCGGUCCCCCCGGAGAAGAGCUCACUCCCCAGAGAGGCGGCGGGAGGAGCGUGGCGUCCCCACAGCCUACCGCGUGAGCAACAGCCCCGGGGCCAGCCGGAAGCGGACACGCUCCAGGAGUCCCCAUGAGAAGAAGAAGAAGAGGCGGUCACGGUCACGGACCAAGUCCAAGGCCAGGUCUCAGUCAACAUCCCCAAGCAAGCAGUCCACACACAGGACGUCGGCACACUCGGCCAGCAUCUCUCCUGUGGAGAGCCGGGGGUCCAGCCAGGAGCGCUCCAGGGGAGUUUCUCAGGAAAAAGACGGUCAGAUCUCGUCAGCAAUUGUGUCCUCUGUGCAAAGCAAAAUAACUCAGGACCUGAUGGCCAAAGUGAGAGCAAUGCUUGCAGCUUCCAAAAAUCUGCAGACCAGUGCCUCCUGAGCCCGAAGGCCAGCUGUGUGGCAGCCCCUCGGCCGCCCACCCACCGCUGGGACCGGAACAGGCGUGGCUAUGGUCUGCGGUCUGUCGAGGAAGAGCCGAGAUACUUCUUCUGUCCAGAGCUUCACAGACACCGCCCAGCGUUCCACCCUGGCCCCCUCGCACAAGUGGUGGCAUUUGUAAAUUAAUUUUUGAUGACAUUUUCAGUUUAAGAUUUUUGACCAGCAGUCUCUUACCUGUAUAUUUGUAAAUAAUAUCAUGUUUCUGUGAAAAUGUAUCAAAUAAAAUGAGAGGAAGACACCUUUUCUAGCUGGCACUGGGGCGGUCCCUUCCUUGCCUGGCCUGUGACUGUUGUUACCCUGUUGCCACCCACCCGUCUUCUGGAUUUGCACCUCGUAGAGAAGCUGUGGGGAGACUGUGUGGGUGGCUGUGGAGUUUGCCUGCCCGCUCCACCGGCCUUGGGAGGAACCCUCUUACCCCCUCCUCUCUGCCCCCACCCCACUUCCCGGCACAGCCCUCCAUCCAGUUCCCCCGUAGGUAUGGUCACUUCAAGGAGGCUUGGUCCCAGCUCACACAUGGUUGCUGCUGGGAGAGGCUCUCACUUGGCCCACCACUUGGCUCUGGUGAUGCCAAACAGUGGAAACAAGCUGCUCACGGUCAUGUUUGCAGCCACCGGGGAGGCCAGAUGGGCCCAAAGGGCUUCGUGGCAGUACCUGGAUCUAGCUAUUCCUGAAGAUAGCCUUCCUCCUCCCUCAAGUCAUAUAGGCUGAGCACAGGCCCUUUUCUGAUUAAGUCAUUUGUGCUGGUGUUCUUUCUUUUGCAUCCAGAAAGUCCCAACUAAGAUGUUGUUGGCUGCCAUCAAGUUGAUCUCAACUAAUGUUAUCCUGAACCAUCCCUUCGUCGUGCCUGAGCUCUGUCAGCUUUUGCCCUGGUGUCUCCUGAGACUCCAAAUUACCCUCGAGAGCUUUUCAGCUCCAGUCCUACGUGAAGUCCCGUGUUGCUGAACACGGGCCACUGCAGUCUAACCUGCCCCGCGUCUUCUGUAAAACACCAUAAAUGAGGGCCUGCUGGUGCAUCCUCCCUUGAGAAGCAAGUUUGUGUGUACAGCUUAACUCCCUUCUGGGUCACUUUUCCAAAACCAGAACGUGAGAUUUAUGAUUUUGCCUUCCUUUAAAAUGGUCCUUCCCGUGGACACCCAGCACAGAGGAGAUACAGCGUGUGGCCGCAGAGCCACCCUAGGGGUGACCACAUGCCUGGCUGGGGUGGAGGAGCAGGGUGAGGGGCACACCCCUCUGCUCCCUCAAGUGCAGUGUGUGUCCAAGUGACAUUUGUGUGGACACACACCCACACCUCCCACACAAACACCCGCACACCACACCGAGCGCACCCACGUAGACAUUAACGUGGACACACAUACCCACACCUCCCACACAAACAGCCGCACACCGCACCAAGCGCACCCAUGUAGACAUUCACGUGGACACAAACACCCACACCUCCCACACAAAUGCCCGCACACUUUGCACCGAGUCCUGUUCUUUUUCACGUGUUUAUCUUUGAGACAGGGCCUUGGUCUCUCGAAUGGCUACGGCCAUCUGUGUGGCACACUCUCAUGGAGCAUCUCACCCCACAGAGGGCUGCUCUGGCCUCCUGGUGGGUGCUCACACUGAGAGUGGAUUCCCUGGAUCCAGGGAUGGCACCCAGGGGUCCACAGUCUUCCACAAACGAUGCUGCACUAAGUGUCCCCCUACAGGUUUCGUCUUCACACACAGCUACGCUCAGCUGCAGAGUGAGCCCUGGGAAGUAGGACCUCUGGGCCGGAGGGUACAUGCAGUUAUAAU